GUUGUACAAGUCAGUCACAUAAAGGUUGGAAAGUUUCUAUGUCAAUUAAGGGUGUCUUUAUAUCACAAAAACCUGGCAUUUGCACAGGGGUGUGUUGACUUUCUAUUUCCACUGUACAUUCCACAGUUGUUCUGCAUUUUUUUAAAGAAGCCUAUGUGAAGCCAACACAUGGGCAAGGGACUUGCCACAGAACGCAUUGGAUAACCUAAACCUUACAGUGACUUGAACAAUGGCUGAACAAACCAUUAUUCUUGACUUCUAAAUCAAAAUCUCAUUAAGGACCAACAUAAUGAUGGUUCCAGGGCUUAAAAACAACAACCGAAAUUAACCAACUUCCCCACAAGGGUGAGCAAAUACACUGCAAUUGUGCUCUAUAACAUGUAUUUGUGCAUUGGAGUGCAUGAAUUUUCAAAUGAAAUGAUUAUUAUUAUUGCUUUUACUUGUUGAUGGGGCUUAUUUCCUAAAUUAGCCUAUAGCGGAGUUUUACAUUUGCGUGAAAGUAAAAGAUCAUUCUUUUGUCUUUUCCCAACAAAUGUUGAGCAAUAUUGUGAGGAACGCCCCUCAAAAUCCCUGCAGCAGACGUGGUGGGGGACGAGGGAAACAAAGAGAAACGCGGCCGCUUCGGUGAACAAGCGGCGGUGCAAUGAUUGUGCCACACCUGGGCAGGCAGGUCGCAUUUCGUCAAGACAUGGCAGAGGAACAGCUCCACCCUCCACCCUCCACCCCCCACCCGUCGGUCCUGUUGACAACUGCGCUCAGAUUCCCCCGUCGGUGAGCUUCAUCUGAGUGCUGCUCCUCCGCGCUGCGCCCUUGAAGACACCAAUUCCAAAUCUGUUACCUCUUUGGGACACGAACAUACAAAACUUUGCCACUUUCGCCGGCAGCACGAAAGAAACAACAGCGAGUUCUUCAUCAUGAACUGGGGCUUCCUCCAGGGCCUCCUGAGUGGGGUGAACAAGUACUCCACCGCCUUCGGGCGAGUGUGGCUGUCCAUCGUGUUCGUCUUCAGGGUGCUGGUGUUCGUGGUGGCGGCCGAGAAGGUUUGGGGCGACGAGCAGAAGGAUUUCAAAUGCAACACGGCUCAGCCGGGUUGCCACAACGUCUGCUACGACUACUUCUUCCCCGUGUCCCACGUGAGGCUGUGGGCCCUGCAGCUCAUCUUCGUCACAUGCCCCUCGUUCCUGGUGGUGAUGCACGUGGCCUACCGGGAGGACCGCGAGCGCAAGAACCGCCUCAAGUACGGCGAGAACUGCCACCGCCUCUACCAGAACACGGGCAAGAAGCGCGGAGGCCUGUGGUGGACCUACGUCCUGACUCUGGUCUUUAAGGUCAGCGUGGACGCCACCUUCGUCUACCUCCUUUACCACAUCUACGAGGGCUACGACUUCCCCUUGCUCAUCAAGUGCGCGCAGAAGCCGUGUCCCAACCAGGUGGACUGCUUCAUCUCCCGGCCCACUGAGAAAAAAAUCUUCACCAUCUUCAUGGUGGUCACCAGCCUGGCCUGCAUCCUCCUCUCGGUAUUUGAGAUCGUUUACCUGGUCGGCAAACGCUGCCGCGAGUUCUUCGGCGCUGUCCAUCACUCUCACCACAUUGUGACCACCGGUGGCAGCAACUUGAUGGAGUCAAACAAGCUGAAGAUGUCCAAGAAGAAUACGCUGGAAACCCCUGCCCCUGCGUACAGCGUGGCCGUAAUUUGAAAUAAUGCUUCUUCUUUUUUUUUGUGUUUGUUUGUUUUUCAGGCAAAGACUUGACAAGGCAUCCUAAUGUCUUUUAAAAAUGAUCUGCAAUGACUUCUUACUGUCUGGAAAUUUGAGGUUCUUGCGCCUCGAUGGCACAUGGUCACUGGAGAGUUUUCAGUGGCAGUUUGUGAAAAAAAGCAAGUUUGUGUGACGUGGGCGUUGAGACCAUUACAUGAGUCAGUCUGUGCUUUGAAUCCUGUGGUCUCAUACACACCCACGUGGUUUCUGUGUCAGAUUUUCCUCUGUGGCCGGCGCCAAACCUCCAAACGUUUUCAUUCAAAUUGUACGGAGUCUUUUCAACUCUCAUAUAAACUGCACGGACAAAAUUUUUGGGACACUCCUAAUCGAGUAAAUCAGAGAUUGGGAUAGACCCUUUGACCUCCCCCUGAAUCUUAAUUCUUCUAAAUUAAUUCAUACGUUGUGUGCUUUGUCAGACCCAAUGAAAAUCAUAUAGUUGGAAGAGUCAAGGAAGAACCUGAAAGCCCUGAAGUUGGGAUGGGCAUUUGACGACAUUUUCUUGAUCAGCUAUGGGGGAAACUAACAAUGAAUUCACAGGUUACUGGCCAGCACAGUGGACGAGGGGUUCUGAGGUUUGGGUUUUGAAUCUCAGUUGUGGCGUUUGCGUGUUCUCUGUUUUUGCAUCGGUUUCCUCCGGGUACUUUGGCUCCCUCCCAAAUUCCCAAAACAAGAAUGUGAUCUAAUUAAAGAUUCGACGUUUUCCAAAGGUGUGAAUGGUUGUUUCUAGGCUUUACACGAUCAGGAUUCUUGGGGUGAGUUUAAAAAAACGAUAACCGAUGACCGAUCUGAUCACAAGGUGGAGGACGGUGCUAUUUAAAUGACGUGUUCAUUUACUUGUGCACUUAAUUGCGAAAAAAUUAUAUGUACAAUAAAUAAUGUAUCCUUGUUCCUCUAUUUAUGCCAGUGAGGCAUAGUGACAGACAGAACAAAUGAAUGGUCUUCUAUUAGAUGGCAGGAAGUAAAUACAGUAAUUCAUGUAAUCCACUUUUUGUGACAUUUUUCAAUUGUAAAAUAUGUUCCUUGGCUCCAUAAAGGUUGGAAAUCACUGCGCUAGUCAGAUCGUGCAUUCUAAUCAGUCAGGUCAAACCGACAUUACAACAUGACAGAAAUAAUGGCUGCUAACUUACUGUAAUUAAAUUACUUCACCCACACCGAAACUUUAGAGCGUGAUACGACAGAUCGGCGGCAUGUUUAUAUCCAACCAUUCGCGCUACCGCUAGCUUGCUAGGCUACAUAACAUUUUAUUGCUUGCUUGUGAGCCGUAUCGUAUUCAAAGUAUAUGAACAUAACUCAAGCAGUCCUUAAACGAACGUCCUCUCCUGUCCUGAGCACCGGUGACCCCCAACACACGUUUUUCCCCAUUUUGUCCUCACAAUACAAAGUCAACCCGCUCCACUCUUGUUGUCGUCACCACGGUAACGAGUUUAUCCUGGCGCAUUUGAGUUGACAAGAUAAAGCCCACUGAUCGUAAAAAACGGGAUGCGGUGGUAUCGGAAUACAAGAUUUUGUUGCAGUAGUCUGACAGUGCAAUCGCGAAAGAGCAAAUUUGUCUUUUCGUCUGAGCGGGCAUUACGUGUUGUCCGUCUCAGACGUGUUGUCAAUCCCACACCGCUGACAUGUUUCUAUUGUUUUUUUUUUGUUUUUUUUUUCAACUGCAUUGGCCGUCAGUUAUUUACAGUACUACGUCAAAAGACACGCGACAAGGCUAAAAAUAAACUAGUUUUUGGAUUCAAAUAUACUGUGCACGUGACGACGCGGAGUAAAUGUCUUUUGCAGAGCUGAUCAAUGACGUCAUUGAUCGGAUCGGCGAAUUAUGGAGAUUAGUCCAAGGUGUACCCUGCCUCUUGCCCAAAGUCAGCUGGGAGAGGCUCCAGCUCACCCGCAAAACUAAUGCGGAAAAGCACUGUAGAAAAUGGUUGGAUGACUGGAUAGUCAAAAUGAAUAGACGUCUUUUCAGAUUACUUUUUUAAUGGGAUGGAAAAUCUUUGAAUGUUCUGAACUCCUGUUUCCACGCUAGCGUUGUCGUACUCAACUUCCCAACGCUAAUAUCAUCGACUUUCUUUACUUUCUUAACUCGCUGAGACCAAAUCAAAUAGCGUUUGCAGCCGAGUAGUGCACUCCAUUUUGCCCCGAUUUCUGUAAUCGUUCAACAAUCAGUUCCACACCAUCUACUGAUCAUUUCCUAACAAUCACUGAAAUUAAUUAUUAAGUCAAAUCCUAGAGCUAACCGCCAUCAAAUACCUAUGGGUUGAACUACAAGAGAGACUGAGCCAAGAGUAACUAUUACAGUAUCUAAGAAUUCCCAAAAGAGUGGAAUCGGUCAUAUUGUCCUUCCGCUUUUACUUUCUGUGUGGUCAUGUCCCAAUACUUUUGUCCAUAAUGUGUUCGUAUGUUUGAGUGUGUGUAUGCACAUUUGCUUACAUUGUUUUACACUGUGUAUGUAAUUUAUCACCAAGUUGCUUGUUUUUACACUGUUAAGAUGUAUAUAUAUUCCAGUAAAUACUUGUUUUCCA